CAUCUCCCGCUGUUCUAAGAGGCAUCAAGCGUCAGUCUCUGCGAUUGGAUCCACUCCCGGAUUCCCCGGUUCUCUCUGUUUCGUCCACGGCAGGAUCCGCUCCGGGUUUCUACUCAUUCCGACGGCGGGGAAAGGGAAGAUCCAGGCCGGGUCUCGGCUUUCGCUCAGAGCCUGCCCACCGCCCUCCUCCUCCUCCUCCCUUUCGCCCAUCACCACCAUCACCAUCGCUGGGCGCUCCCCGGGGCUGGAUCGUGCCGGGCAGGUUACUCGCCGGGUGCCCGGCCGGGAGGGCUGUGGCCCGCCCGCCCAUCUCUGUGGGGCGCGGGUGGGGGGCGGGGAGGACGACCAUGCACCGAGUCGUCUCCAACCAGCGCUCGGUCUCCUCCUCCUCGGGCUCCUUCCAGGCUCCCCCGCCGCCUCCCCCCGCCGCGGACCUGCAGCCCCUUUUCCUGGGCGGCGGCAUCAGCAGCACCAGCAGCUCGAGCGGCGGCACCCGGAGGGGCAGGCGAGGCUCCGUGUCCAGCUCGGCCUCUACCCGCACUCGGAGCAGGAGCAGCAGCAGCGGCGGCGGCCGCAGCAGUGAGGAAGAGGAGGAGGAGGAGGAAGAGGGCGAGGAGGAGGAAGCCAAGCCCCUCGUGCCGGUUCAGGAGCCCGCCUCGCCGCCCGCCGCCGCCCCACCCGCAGCCUGCGCCUCCCCGGGGUCCAGCAGCACCUCCACGUCGGGCUGCAGCAUGACAGCCGCCGAGCUGUACGGGACUCCGGCAGCCGGGGCAGCAGCGGCGAGUGCGGCCGCGGGGCUGCUGUGGGCGGGGGGCUCGAGUGGGUCUCGCUGGGGCUACAAGGCGCUGUCCCUGGUGCUGCUGCUGGGCCAGGGCGCGCUGCUGGACCUCUACCUGAUCGCCGUCACCGACCUGUAUUGGUGCAGCUGGAUCGCCACGGACCUGGUGCUGGCCGCCGGCUGGAGCAUCUUCUUCUGCCGCAACAGCCGCGCUCGUCGCCGGGAGCGCCCGUCCGGCGUCGGAGGGGGACACCCGCCGCCGCCGCCCUUGCACCCACUGCUGGGCCACCCGCCCCACGGCGGCCGAGGCGCCUGCGCUGCGUCGGGCGGGAAGGCAGGGGGCGCUCCGCGGGGCGGGGACUUCGCCUACGCCCACUUGGCCUGGCUGAUCUACGCCAUCGCCUUCACGCCCAAGGCGGCGCUCAUCCUGGGCACGUCCAUCCUGGAGCUGGUGGAGCUGCGCCUGCCGCUGGGCGCUACGGGCUUCCGGAUCACGCUAGCGCUGUCGGCCCCGCUCCUGUAUUGCCUCCUGCGGGCCAUUGGCACCGAAGGCGGCUCCGGCUCCGGCCAGCUCCUCCUGCCGCCCCAGCCGCCGCCGCAGCACCGCGCCGCCGCCGCCUUCCUGGCCACGUGCUUGGACCUGCUGGACAGCUUCACUCUCCUGGAGCUGUUGCUCCUGCAGCCCGGCCGGCCGGCCUUGCCGCUGCCGCCGCCGCUCCGCUACGUGCUCAUCGCCGUCUACUUCCUGUGCCUGGCCUCGCCGGUGCUGUGGCUGUACGAGCUGAGCGCCCCGCGGGCCCCCGGCGCCGCCCGCCUCGCCUUGCACUGGCUCCUGCCCGCCGGGCUCCUGGACGCGCCCCUGCUGGCGCUGCGCUGCCUCCUGCUGGUCCGCUACCAGCAGCCCCUCUCCAUCUUCAUGCUCAAGAACCUCUUCUUCCUGGCCUGCCGGGGCCUGGAGGCCAUGGAGACCUGCUGCCUCCUGCACUCCGCUGGCGGGCUCGCGGGUAACGGCAAGAACGCGCCCGCCCCCUCCGCCGGCGUCGGGGUCGGCCAGCUCAGCCACUGCAUCUCCGAGAACGACAUGGGGCCCCAUGGCUACGUCAACACCUUGGCCGUCACCACGCAGAGCUGAGGGGGUCCACCACGCCCAUGCCAGUGCCCCUAUGCAGUUACCCCACCUUGUAUUCCAUGCCAUGCCAGUUCAGCUUAGGUACCCACCCCGCUGUAGUUACUUUCCAUUUUACAUGUCUCCGAUUUUCAGAUUGGCCCAGUCGCCCAAACCCAGGUCCCUUAGGAGACAGCAUUUGUACAUCUGACCCAGCUCCCUACCUCAGGGCACUGUAACUUUCUGAGCUGUUGUCCUGAAUAACUUUGACAUA